CACCAUGGGGAAAGUUCACGGAUCACUUGCUCGUGCUGGUAAAGUGAGGUGGCAAACUCCAAAAGUUGCCAAACAGGACAAGAAGAAGAAGCCUCUUGGCCGUGCUCACAAGAUGAUGCAAUACAACCACAGAUUCGUCACAACAGAUGUUGGUUUCGGGAAGAAGAGGGGGCCGAACUCAUCUGAGAAGUAAAUGAAGAAAUGACUUUAUUUUUAGGUAAAGAAAGUUGCUGAAGUUCAAUGAGUUGUAUUUGCAUUCUGUUGCUUCUGAGAAUACUCCGGACAAUACAAUGUUAGCACUAUUAUACAAUUGGUUUCCAUAGUUAAUGAAAUGGGAUAAGCAAGAAUUCAAUGGUCAUCGUGAUCUUGACCAAGUUACUGGAAAAAUUGCUGCUGCUCUUUAAGAGAUGAAUUCAGGCAAUUUUAUGAA